CACCGUUACUACCCUUCUCGAGUUGCGUUGUAUUGAGUCACGAUCAGAUCUUUGAUACCGCCCAAAAUGUCAUUGUUUGGGUUUGGCCGGUUGAUUUAUGUUUCUAUCCUGUUAAUCAACGCCGUGUGUGUCUUGUCCGAGGACAGAUUUCUAGCAAGAAUCGGAUGGGGUCGCGCACAACCAGAGCCCGGUUUCGGUGCGAGCUAUGACAACGCGAGCCUCAAGGCGAAGACUAUCAAUCUGAUCACGAGUGUCCGUACCGUCAUGCGAAUACCCCUCAUUGUCAUCAACGCGGUUAUAAUUAUAUACGAAUUGAUUCUGGGAUAAUGACCGGCAUGAGAUACCCAAAAAUGAGGGAUGAUACGGUGUUAUGUUAUGUACUUACUAGGCUACUUUAGGCAACUUGCAAUAUCUUAGAUUGGUUGUUAUCAUGCUCCAAUAUUUAAUGGCUACGUCCUACAAGGAGUUACAAAUAUUUGUGCUUAAAAAAAUAA